UUUGGCCAGUUCAGAGUUCUCUCUGGUAGACUUGCCCGUCGCAAUUCCUCUCCAGCCCUACCGCCGUGAUUCAUCUCAGGUGACUGGAUCCACCGAAGUAGCUGCGGAUAUGGAGAUGCCUACUAAGAGAAAAACUGGAUACGAAGACGAAGAAGAAGACGAUGUCGGACGAGAACAGAAGAGACGGCGGCUCUCUCUCGAGGGCAACGACUCUCUCCUUUCCCUCGCUCGCUAUGACGACGACGGUGACGACGAGGAGUCCGGAAGGGCAAGAGUGAACACGAAUCUACGAGAUGAGAAUGGACAAAGACAUAGCAGUGACGGCGAAGAUGAAGAUGGCGCUGUUGAUGAUGGAGAAGAGGAAGAGGAGGAAAAAAGAACUGAACAAAGUAAAGGCAGGGGGAGGCGGCAGGGUAUGGUGGAGAUCCGGAGGGAUUGCCCUUAUCUCGAUACUGUUAAUCGCCAGGUUUUGGACUUUGAUUUUGAGAAGUUUUGCUCAGUCUCUCUUUCAAAUUUAAAUGUAUAUGCAUGUUUAGUUUGUGGCAAAUAUUAUCAAGGAAGGGGUCUGAAUUCUCAUGCAUAUACCCAUAGUCUAGAAAAUGGUCACCAUGUCUAUAUCAAUCUUCAAACAGAAAAGGUUUAUUGCCUUCCUGAUGGCUAUGAAGUGAAUGAUCCAUCACUGGAUGAUAUACGACAUGUAUUAAAUCCCAGAUUUUUUAGGGAACAAGUUGAGCAUCUGGAUGAGAAUGGGCAGUGGUCAAGGGCACUUGAUGGCUCCAACUAUCUUCCUGGAAUGGUUGGCCUUAAUAAUAUCAAGGAGACUGAUUUUGUUAAUGUCACAAUCCAGUCUCUAAUGCGAGUUACACCUUUAAGGAAUUUCUUCCUCAUUCCUGAGAAUUAUCGGAGCAGCAAGUCUCCACUUGUUCAUCGUUUUGGUGAAUUGACUAGGAAAAUUUGGCAUUCGAGGAACUUCAAAGGACAGGUCAGCCCGCAUGAGUUUCUUCAAGCAGUCAUGAAGGCUAGUAAUAAGCGUUUCCAGAUUGGUGUUCAAUCUGAUCCUGUUGAAUUCAUGUCUUGGUUAUUGAAUACGUUGCACGCAAAGCUAAGGCAUCCAAAGAACAAAAACAAAAGCAUUAUUCAUGAUUGUUUUCAGGGAGAGUUGGAGGUUGUGAAAGAGAUCCACAAGAGGCCCUUCAUAGAGAAGAGAGAGAAUGGGGAUGAGGAGAGCAAGGAGGGUGCUCCAGAUGGCAAUAAUUUUGUAAGGGAAACAUCACGAGUACCUUUCUUGAUGCUUGGCCUUGACUUGCCUCCACCUCCGCUUUUUAAGGAUGCAAUGGAGAAAAAUAUCAUACCGCAAGUUCCCCUUUUCAACAUAUUGAAGAAAUUUGAUGGCGAGACUGUUACUGAGGUCGUUCGACCAUGCAUAGCGAGGAUGAGAUAUCGAGUGAAGAAACUGCCAAAAUAUGUAAUUCUUCACAUGCGUAGAUUUACCAAAAAUAACUUUUUUGUCGAAAAGAACCCCACUUUAGUGAAUUUUCCUGUGAAAAACCUUGAGUUGAAGGAUUACAUCCCACUGCCAACCCCAAAGGAGAAUCAAAAACUAAAAUCAAAAUAUGAUCUCAUUGCAAAUAUAGUACAUGAUGGGAAGCCAGAUGAAGGUUAUUAUAGGGUUUUUGUGCAGUGCAAAUCAGAAGAAUUAUGGUAUGAAAUGCAAGACCUUCAUGUGACAGAAACUCUUCCUCAGAUGGUUGCUCUCUCAGAGACCUACAUGCAGAUUUAUGAGCAGCAUUAAUGACCUAAUAAAAAUCUUUUUUUUUCCUUUUUUUUUAAUUAGAUUUCUGGUGGAUUAUUUUUCUUUGAAGGCAUGAAGGUUUUAUUGAAUCAGAUAUUUAUCGGAUGGAUUAAUGAAGAGGAUUAAAUCUCAAUCUGCUAAUUACGAAAGGUUUGAUGAAUUUCUUGAAUGUUAUACAUAAAUGCCACUCAAUUCUUAUGUAU